CUGUUUGAGAACUUUAAAAAACAAUCUAACCAGUUAUGUGAUUAUUUCCUCUUCUUCCAGUUACAGGCAGGCGGCCCCUCCCCUGUCUCCCUUUUUGGAGCAGAGUGUUACAGUACGUCCAUGCCCAGAAUUCUUCUUAGCAGCGAACCUGAAUCUGCAUGAUUUUAUCACUGGGAGUGGAUUUUGUACCUUACAUCAACAUGCAUAUCCUCCUUACUGCUGCUUUCUUAUUACUGGGAUUAAUGGCUGGCAGUUUUACAGUUGCAGAUCCUGCCAGCAUCCUCCAUGGACCCACACAAAGAGGAGACUGGUGUAGUGAACACAGACUGCUUCACCGGCGUAUAGAUGUAAUAGAGGAGCGAGUAGAGAAAACAGUGGAUUAUCUUUUUUCAGAGAUUAAUUCACUGCUGGACUCCAUAUCAGGGGCAUCAUGGGCACUUCCCUCUUCUCCUGGGACACCUUUCUUGGAUAUAUUUGAUGAUGAUUCAAGAUGAAGCAUUUUCUCUUUCUUCUCCCUGUAUUUUUCUUUGUUCACACAUUUAAUUGACUUUGUCACUGAGCACUUACGGAGAACAGAUAUUAUAUUUUAAUAAAUAAAAAGUCUGAUUUCCUGGUACUCUGAAAGAAUACACGUGGCACAUAGCACAUUAUGAGAUAAAUUUGGGAGAUAAAUAUGUAUAGUAUGAAUCUUACUUUUAACUUUAGAACUAUUAUUUUGGUGGAAUAAAUGGGUAUAUUUCUUCA